CGACAGCCCCCCAGGGCUCUGGUUUGGCUGCCGUGCCGUGACUCUUCGGUACACAACAGGCCAAUUGUCUGCCGUGACCCCACGCUCUGGAGCCCCCCUGGUACCGCGGCUGGGACCCCCAGCUCUGUGCCGUGCCCCCCUUGCUGUAUCUGACCGCCCGGAGGAAGACUCGCGCUCAGCCCUCCGCCUCCAGCCCGGGCGUGCCUGGGACGGGGCGGCCCCGGGGCGAGCACCGGGACUGUUCCAGCCCACCGGGCACCGCGGGGCCAUUCCACUCCACCUCGGGACCAUUCCAGUCCAGCGGGCACCGUGGGCAGCUGUGAGACACAGAGGCAAAGGAGCUGCCACUGGAGCAGCUGCCCCAGCAGGAGACUCUGCCAAGAUGUCCAAGAGGAAGCCAACUCCAGAGGAGGAACCCAAGGAGGAGACAAUUUCAGAUGAGGAAUCUGGGGAGGAGACAACUCCUAGUGAUGAGUCCAAGAAGAAGAUAAAUUCAGAUGAGGAAUCCAGGGACAAACCCAAGGAUGGGGAUGGUCCUGGGGAUGGUCCUGACAAUGGUCCCGACAAUGGUUCUGACAAUGGUCCCAAGGAUGGGGAUAAUCCAGGGAAGAAAAACAAAACCAUUGGAGCUGUCAUUGGAGCCACAGUGGGAGCAGGAGUGGCACUGGUUGGCAUCCCGCUGGGCAUCGCUGCGCUGGGGUUCACCGGGGCCGGCAUCGCCGCUGGCUCCGUCGCUGCCAAGAUGAUGUCGGCAGCUGCCAUCGCCAACGGCGGCGGAGUGGCUGCUGGCAGCACCGUGGCCGUGCUGCAGUCCAUCGGAGCUGCAGGUUUCUCUCUUGGUGCCAAAGUUGGGCUGACUUCUGCCCUGAGCUCAGCUGGUGCAGCAAUCGGUGCCUGGCUGUCCAAAGGGAAGAAACCUCCAAGUGACAAACCUAAAAAAGGAUAAAAACCUGAGUGACAAACCCAAGAAAAAGUAACUCAGGUGACAAACACGAGGAGGAGACAACUGCAGACAAGCAACCCAAGAGAAGCCAAGCAGGUUCCUGAUCCCAAGGCCUUGCCAUGCACAGUUGCAAAUGCUGGAAAACCCCCACAGACCCCUCAGGGCUUUGCCUCCCCUUUUAAAAGCUUUGGAUCCUUGUGGGCAGCGAUUUCCCUGAAGCCAAUAAAUGUGCUUUGUGGAACCAGA